AUGAUCGAUCCUUGGAGAGUCGUGGUCAGAGCGAUUAUAAUUGAUUACAAAGAGAGAGAUAAUAGAAUGAGUAAUCAUAGAGAUGAAGACGACGAGGAAGAAGAAGAGGUAGAGGAAUUCGAUGUCGAUUUGGGCAACAAUGAAUCAUUUCUAGAUACUCUUGUUAAUCAAGAGACACGCAGAAGACCAAAUCAAUCACCAGUAUUUGGUUAUAUUUAUUCACCGAGAUGUAUGAGAGGAGCAGGCUUGGUCAUUGGUAUAAUAGCUUUGUUAUUCUCUGCAGUAUUAUUAUCUAUAUCCUUUUCAGAUUUAAAUAAAACAAAUGAUAAUAGUUCAGAUGACACUGCAAUAGAUUUCACAAACAAACUACCGUUGUGGGUAUUAAACAACAUCGAUAUAACAAGAAUCAAAUCAAAUGUACAGUAUUUAUCAAGUGAUUUAUUAGAGGGAAGAGCACCUGGAACAAGAGGUGAAGAAUUAGCAACAUUAUUUAUUCAAUCACAAUAUCAAUCAAGUUCGAUUGAACCAAUGGGAGAAAAUGGAGGUUAUUUUCAAAAUGUAAAUUUAUAUAGUAUCAACAAUAUAACAACGACGUCAUUGAAUUUCAGUGCAUCGGACAAGAGUCCAGUAAACUUGACCUACUUGACCGACUUUGUAACGUCGACAGAGAUGCAAGAGAGUAGUAUAUCAUUGUCACAGAUAUCAGUUGUUUUUGUUGGCCAUGGAGUAAGCUCAAAGGAGAUGCAGUGGGAUGACUACAAUUCCACGACCGUCUCGGUCAAAGGCAAAAUUGCUAUGAUUUUAUUGGGUGCACCAGAAUCGUUUAACAGCUCGGCAACUGCCUACUUUGGACGAAAAGAUUAUAAACUGUCUGCUGCAAGAGACCAUGGUGCAGUCGGUGUUAUACUCGUACAUACAGACGCGACCUAUGGGUAUCCGUGGCCAUACGUACAGUCAAAGGCAUCAGACACCAAAUACAUGCUUCAAGAGGCACCCCAGCAAUUGCAAGUCGUUGCCAUGGUCAAUGAAGCAGCUGCCAAUAAGAUCAUUGAUCAAUCGGCCGAUCCGACACAUCUAAAGGGCUGGCAGGUACGCGCUGGCGACAGUGCAUUGGCCAAACUGUUUUUACCGUUUGAUAUUGGUCUUUUGGUCAGUUUUGAUUUGGAUUGUGUAGGGUCAGCGGUGGUUGGAAGAAAUGUGAUUGGUGGGAUUGUCGGCGACAAGAAUCCCGACCAGGUAGUCAUCGUCAUGGCACAUCACGACCACCUCGGUAUGAAGCAGUCGACUGUGCCAGGCGGCGCACCAACCAUCUACCACGGAGCAGUCGACGAUGCAAGUGGAGUGGGUAUCCUGCUGGAGCUGGCCAAUAUCCUCGGGUUGUACAACAAGGUUGCCUCAACCAACACGUUUUCACAGGUUGGCUUGAUAUCGCCGCCAGACCGCACCAUACUCUUUGUCAGCACGACGGCCGAGGAAGGUGGGCUGCUUGGCGCAAAACACUUUCUCUCUGCAUUUAACAAGACCAAGCAGAUUGUUGCAGUCAUCAACUAUGACGGUGCCAACGUGCUCAACGAGACACUAGACAUUGUCAGCGUUGGAAUGGGCCUGUCGCCCGACCUCGACCUCUUUAUCAGCACUGCAGCCGACGAUGAAAAUAAGAUGAUCGUCACCCAGGAUCCCCUCCCCCAACUCCACCUACUCUACCGAAACGACGCACUUGUGUUUUUACAAAACCAGAUCCCUUCGGUCAUGUUGUCAAUGGGCACACGUUUCAAAGGCAUGAUGAACGACACCUACUACCAGGCAGUCAUCACCGACUACUUUACCAAUGUCUAUCAUACACCAGCCGAUAUUGUCAAGCCCGAAUACACAUUCCUCGGAGCGGUUCAACAAUCGGUAAUUUGGGAUUGGGGUCGUUUCCUAUAUCCAUCUUUUUCUUUUGAGAAUCAAAUAGAUAAUAAUAAUAGUACUAUGAAUCAUAGUACUGAUGAUAAUAUUCCAAUGGAGGUUAUUAAAGAUCAACAAGUUGAAAGGAAUAAAAUGGAGGAAGGAGAAAACAAGAGAAAUGAAGAUUUUCAACCAGUAUCAUUAGAUUCUAGUCAACUUGAUCAAUCCAACACCAACAAUAAUGUUAAAUAUCAAAAGAGACAACUUUUAAAAAAGAGAAUUAUCGGUCUAAGUAUUGUAUUAUUAAUUACUACUGUUAAUACUACAUCAAGUGAAUUAUCACAAUACAUUUUAGUAAAUGAUUAUUAUAAACCUUUUUUAAUGAUUUACUAUAAUAUGAUAUGGUUAAUUUUAGCAUUACCAAUUGAAUUGGCAGUAUUCUAUGGCAAACAUAUUAAAAAUAAUAGUAAUGAACCUUUGAUACAAAGUUUACAUCGAGAAUUCUUGAUUGACAACAAGGUAACACUUAAAACAGUUGCUUGGGUAACCUUUUUAAUGUCAAUUCUCUACACUGGUCUAAAUUAUAUUUGGAUAUUAGGUUUACCAUUAACUGAAGUUAGUACUUCAAAUGCUCUCUUUCAAUCAGCAACUAUAUACGUAUUCUUUUUAUCGAUAUGGAUAUUAAAAGAGAAACCUACGAUUCUUAAAAGUGUAUCGGUAAUCUUUUUCAUUGCCGGAGUUGUUGGUAUAUUGUUGGCUGAUAGAGCUUCAUCGGUUGGUGCCUAUGAAUUCCCAGAUGCUGUAAAGGGAGAUAUUAUGAUGGUGGCAGCAGCAGCAUUGUAUGGAGUAUGGCAAGUAUUAACUGCCAAGUUCCUCGUUGACAAGAAUAGAACCAUGGUUCAUAGCUACAUUGGAUUGAUGGGUUUCUGGUGUUUGUUGUUUGGUAUCCCAGUACUUUUAGCACUACAUUAUUCUGGUUACGAAACAUUUGAAAUGCCAACCACAUCUAGAUCGGCAGGUCUCAUUUCAGUGAGUGCAUUCCUAACAUUUACAGCCAAUUAUCUAAUUAAUUGGGGUCUUUCAUUGGUAUCACCGUUGGCCGUCAGAGGCGCUGAAUUAUUAAUCAUACCAGCUACAUUACUAUUUGAUAUCUUUGUCAAAAAGGUUGUAUUCCCAGCCAUUUCAAUACCAGGGUUCCUCUUUAUUAUCUUUGGAUUCCUUAUUAUGAUGUUUGUCGAGAAUAUCCAAUUAAAGAGAAGACAAAGGACAAAGCAUCAACAGCAACAGAGCCACCAAAGAAUGUCUAGUCUUGAUGUCGACAAUACAGACAACACUAAUCCUCCUACAUUGUCGCUCAAAAUAAUCAACUUUAUGAGAAGAAAUCUUGUCUAA